AUGUCAAAGCUUUUGACUGUUAUCGGUGCCACUGGAACCCAGGGUGGCUCUGUUGUUUCUGCGGCUUUAACAUCCGGAAACUACAAGAUCCGUGGUGUGACUCGUGAUAUCAACAGCGAUGCAUCAAAUGCAUUAAUAUCGAAGGGUGUCGAGAUGGUUGCAGCGGAUUGGAAUGACGAACAAAGUCUUGUCGAAGCCUUCGAAUUAAGUCACCUGGGAUCAUACGCGAUCUAUGCCGUAACUGAUUUCUGGGCUAGCUUUGCGAUACAAGACAUCAAAAAUCCUAUCGAACUAGAAGCUAAGCAGGGAAUAAAUAUGGCUGAGGCCGCUGCUAAGACUGCAUCCCUCAACCACUUUAUCUGGAGUACCAUUCCAGACAAUGUUCGGAUUUCAGGAGGAAAGCACUCUGUGGCACACUUUGAGGGCAAGCUCAAGGUUGACCAAUACAUCAGAGAUAAAGAUUUGCUGAGCAAAACAACAUUCCUGUGGGUCGGUUAUUACGCCACAAACAUCGUUUUGCCUAUGAUUACUCCCAAUCUCCUUAAAACAUCUGGAAAAUAUCUCCAGCUUCUACCAGUCCCGGAGGAUUGCCCCAUCACCACCGUGGGUGAUCCUAGAAUCAACCCUGGUAUCUACGCACUGGCUAUCUUGAGCCAGCCCGAGCUCACACUACCUGGCAAAAUUGUUCUGGCAGAGACUGAGACUAGAACAGUCCGAGAUAUACUGAACAUUUGGGCAGAGGUUUCAGAAAAACCUGCCGCGUACGCAGAAAUAUCGAUUGAGCACUACGAUAACCUGUGGCCAAAAUGGGGUCGUGAAAUUGGGAAGAUGCUCCAGUUCUGGAAUGAAGCGCGCGAGAAGAGCUGGACCUCAGAUCAUCCUGUGUUGACCAAACAUGACCUACGAGUGUCUGGCUUGGUCGGUAUGAAGGAAGUCUUUGCUGGGUUUGAUUGGUCUUCCUAA